AUAUUUUUGUCACCCAAAAAAACUUUUAAGUACUUUACGAAAUACUAUGGAAAAUAAAAUUGAAUAUAGUACUCUGGCCAAUCCUGUGAUAAUUUUCGAAGCUGAUGACAUAGAAGACUUCGAGUGCGCGGGCGACGAGGUGCUGGUGGAGUCUUCGCCGCCUGCCUCGCCCGACAUGGCGGCGCGCCUCGCCGCUCCGGCUCAGGGCGCCGCCCCGGGUGCCGGGGAGGACUCACCGACGGCGGUGCGCGAGCUCAUCGUCAUACCCGAGAUGCCCAGCUCCAUACAUCUGCAGCACGCUAUUCAGCAGGUGUCGAGCACGGUGGUGGAGAUAAACGGCGACAGCUCUGGCCACUCGAGCCCCACCGCUGACCCGCAGCACACCUACAUCACUGUAGCCAUCGACGGGGCAUGGAAGAGAGAUGACACUCGCCAACUCAAGGUGGAGGCUCCCAGCGACGAAGAAAGCGAGAGCGGCAAUGGCGUCAACUACCACGUGCAGUACAUGGAGCCGCAGGAGCUGUACGCCCAAGGUCAUCAGCCUCACAUGGAGCAGCUGCGCACGUACCCGGUGUACAAUGUGGCGGACGUGGCCAACGGGCAGAACGUGGGCCUGGACGUGGGCGGCGUGGCUAGCGUGGGCGUAGGCGUGGGCGUGGGCGUGGAGAGCGCGGCGGAGGGCGCGUGGGGUGGCGACUUCACGUUCGCGACGAGCAACACGGUGGCCGCAGCCGAGCCGGACGCACCCGCCUCGCCCGCAGCGCCCGCCCGCAUGCCGCCCGCCACCGUGCAGUGGCUGCUCGACCACUACGAGACUGCCGAAGGCGUGUCGCUGCCGCGGUCGAGCCUGUACGCGCACUACCUGCGGCACUGCGCGGCGCACAGGCUGGAGCCGGUGAACGCGGCCUCGUUCGGCAAGCUGAUCCGCUCCGUGUUCGUGGGCCUGCGCACGCGCCGCCUCGGCACGCGCGGCAACUCCAAGUACCACUACUACGGUAUCCGCGCCAAGCUCGGCGCCGACUCGCCGCUCGCCUCGCAUGGCGACAACCAGGACACCGACCUGCAGGAGCGACAGGCGGGUGAGGGCGAGGGCGUGGAGGGCGCGGAGGGUGCGGGCGGGCCGCACCGGCAGUACUUCGGCUGCCCGUCGCCGCCCGAGCCGCCCGAGCUGCGCGUCACCUCGCUGCCCCCCGACAUACCGCUCUCCGCGCUCGACGCGCUGCGCAAGCACCACCGCGAGCACGGCGCGGAGCUGCUGUCGGCGGUGGCGGCGCUGGACAUCGGCGGUGUGGAGCGCGCGCGGCGCGUGUUCUGGCGGCGGCCGCGCGCGCUGUGUCGCCGCCUGCUGGUGCGCCUGUGUGCGCGUCGCGCCGUCGCCCGCUGGCUGCUGCGCGCAGACCUGCAGCUGCACCAGGCCGCCGUCGACCUGCUGCUGCCCGACGUGCUGCAUCCCAUACCCUCCCACCUCACGCAGUCGAUCCGCAACUUCGCGAAGCUGCUGGAGGGCGCGCUGUCGGCGGGCGGCAGCGGGGCGCCGGCGCAGGCGGUGCGGGCGCAGGGUGCCGCCGCCGCCGCGCUGGCCGCCGCGCUGCGCCGCUACACCUCGCUCAACCACCUGGCGCAGGCCGCGCGCGCCGUGCUCGUCAACCACACACAGAUCGAGCAGAUGCUGGCGGACCUGAACCGCGUGGACUUCCGCGUGGUGCGCGAGCAGGCCGCCUGGGCGUGCUCGUGCGGCUCCUCCAGCGCGCGCAGCCUCGAGCAUGACUUCAAGAAAACUAGUCUCGGGAUAAUCGAGGCCCGCGGGGAGCCCAUACGGUAUAUCCUUCUGCAGGCGAGCCUGGGGCGCAGCACCACGCUCGAGCAGUGGGCGGACUGGCUGGACGGCUGCGUGCGCAACGCCCUCGCCGUGCACGAGCGCCGCCCCGACUACGUCUCCCGCGCCCGCCGUCUGCUGCUCGACUGGUCCUUCUACUCCUCGCUCGUCAUACGCGAGCUCACGCUCAGGUCGGCGGCGUCCUUCGGGUCUUUCCACCUGAUCCGGCUGCUGUACGACGAGUACGUGUCCUACCUCAUCGAGCGCCGCGUCGCGCUGCACACGCGCCAGCCCCAGAUCGCCGUCAUGCAGCGCGCACUGGAGGAGGAGGAGGACGACCUGCUAAUUGAGGCGCGCGAGGGGGAGCUCGAGGGCGAGGGCGAGGAGGAGGAGAUGGAGCAGGAGCCGGAGCCGGAGCAGGAGCUGGAGCUGGAGCAGGACCAGGAAUGGGAGUGGGCGGACGAUGAUGACGACGACGACGACGUUGGCGUAGAGGUCAAGAAGGCCAAGACCAACUAG